AUGACUGUGAAUCCACGGGCAGAGCUGCGGAACCGCAGUGUGGGCUUCCAGGGGCUAGGAAGCACUCGGAGAGUCGGUUGUUUCUCAAAAGGGGAAGGAAGGCUUUUUGCCCUCUGCUUCCUUCGUAAGAAGGAUGAUUUUGCAAUUAAGAUGUUUGACAGAGGCAGGAAAUCCAGUAGAGGAGACUUCGUAUUUUCUGCUGAUCGUCUGAUCAGACUGGUGGUUGAAGAGGGACUGAACCAAUUGCCAUACACAGAGUGUACUGUCACCACUCCAACAGGACACAAGUAUGAAGGAGUCCGGUUUGAAAAGGGAAACUGUGGAGUCAGCAUCAUGAGAAGUGGAGAGGCCAUGGAGCAGGGGCUACGGGACUGCUGCAGAUCCAUCCGCAUAGGAAAAAUCCUGAUCCAGAGUGACGAGGAGACUCAAAGAGCCAAAGUCUACUAUGCCAAGUUUCCACCAGACAUCUACAGGAGGAAAGUUCUUCUGAUGUACCCAAUACUAAGUACUGGUAAUACUGUCAUUGAGGCUGUCAAAGUUCUUGUAGAACAUGGCGUUCAACCAAGUGUCAUUAUCCUGCUAAGCCUGUUCUCCACACCUCAUGGUGCCAAAUCCAUCAUCCAGGAAUUCCCAGAAAUCACCAUUUUAACCACAGAAGUUCACCCUGUUGCACCAACACACUUUGGACAGAAGUACUUUGGCACAGACUGACACACUUGGGACAAACGGAUAUGACCGUUAUGGUACAAAAGGUUUUUGUUCGUUUUUUUCUCUAUGUUUUAUUACUGUCGAGUUGGCUGAGGGCAUGAUUAAAAAUCCUUUUGGCCACAGGGGGAAAUACUUGCCAU